AUGAACAGUAAUGAUCACAAACAAAAUUGUGACCUUCCUUGUAACUAUAAAAACAUAGGCGAUACAUUUUCAAUUAGGGCAAGAGACAGAUGGAGGCUAAUUAGAGAUUGGAUACUUCAAUAUAAAUCUUACAGCUACAAUCAGCCAAGUAUAUUUCCGAAUAUUGACAGAAUAUUUGGAUAUAGUCUCCUCAAAAGGUCGGCAUCUUUUUCGUCUUGUAUAAUAGAGCAGGUUCUUUACUUACCUAGAGAAAAUGAGCGGAUUGCAAUUAAAACACCCUCGAGCAUCAAAUUUUACGAUCUGAAAGAAUUUAAACUAAUGAACGAAGUACUUUUGACAGAAAACAAAAAUAAAAAUGCUUUUAGUCAAAGUUAUAACCGUUUAGCCUAUGCAUCAAAAGUGGACGUUUUCAUUGGUUGGAAACCUGGUGGAAAUACGUUAUGGCCUUUAUCAUGUGAAAAUCUUGAGAAUAUUGGCAUCCCGUCUACAACUAAAAAUCAGUUGAUUGGUGUAUUUUCAAAUUUUGAUUCAGGAAGCAUAUUUUCGUUGGAAAUAAGAUCGUUUAAAACAUUUUCAAAUGACUAUUGUUGGAUUAUAUUUGCAAGAAACUGGCAGUUUCAGUUUACUGAAAUUCAACUUAUACCUAAUAAAUGUGUACCAGUUUUGAUACUUAAGGAUUGUACCUCAUUUAGUUUUCCAACUUGUCAAGAAGAAUUAUUUACAAAAAUCAUGACAUGUCCUCUACUUGGAACUCUUCUUGAAACUUAUGAAUUUCCAUCAGAAUUAAUCAGUUUCGAAGAGAAAUGUAGUCAUAACUGUAAACUUUUAAUUGCUUGGAAAUGUUCUGCUUGGUUACGUUGUAUGCAAUUUAACAGAUAUUUCAGUUCCAUAUCCCACAAUAGUGAUUGUGAUGAAACUGAUGGAAAACUAUUAGAAACGAUCAAUUUUCAAACUUUUGAAAAUGCUAUGAUCAACCACAGAUCACAAAUUACGGCUGUUCUUUACAUUAGCCCAUUAAAUAUUUUAAUUACUGGUGAUAGAUGUGGAACAAUUAAAACAUGGAAUACUGACCAAGUUCAAUUAUCAGUACUUCAUGGUCACUUGGGAGAAAUUAUUCAUUUUUCAUCACAUAGGUGGGAUUUAAUUAGACCACAAAAAUUUUAUUCCACGUCUCCAAGUUUUGUUUCUAUAAGUAAGGAUGGAUUGAUGAAAUGUUGGCAGUUCUGGCAAUCAGACUAUGUAUAUCUGAAGAAUGAUGGUUCUGAAUUUUCAAACCCGUCAAGAAUUGUAUCAAAUAAUGGAACUAAGGAGAAUACCAUCAAAGAAGUAGAUAGUAGACAGACACUAAUGAAUUUGUAUUCAAAGGUUCUGUCUACAAAGACUUCAGCAUCACACUCAGUACACACUAUCCAUGACAUUACAGUGAAAAGAGACACUGGUGAACUUUUUUUAGUUGGAGUAUAUGAAGACAUCAAUACAUGUAAGAUUCAUGAGGAACGCCAACAGGAGUAUUACUUGGAACACUGGACAAUAUCUGAGCCUUGUUCACCGAUGGCCGAAUUUCCACAAACAGUUAAAAAUAUUUCGUUUAUAAGAUUGAAUGAUUUAUAUGAUAUUGAUAAUCCAAAAGCCAACAAAUCAUCUAAUCUGGCUGAAUAUCAAAAUGAUAAUUCGAUUAAUAUAGCAGUUGUUAUAUGUGAAGGAAAACCUGGAAGUGUACAUUUACUUUCCGCGUUGGACGGAUCCAUUUUAACAACAGCUAUAUGUGAAGAUACAGUUGAAGAUGCUACUUGGCAUUGGAUGUUAGAAAAAUUGUUUAUUUUACAAAGCAACGGAGACAUCGCUGUAUUUUCCACUUGUAGUCGACCAUGUAACCUACUUUCUAUAUGGUCAUCAUCUGACCAUGAUGUGUUUUACCGUGGUCCACUCUUACUUUACCCAGUACAUUGCCCAGACUACUUCAAGCUAUUUUUGGAAGAUGACAAAUCCAGCGAUUGUUUACCACCGGUUAUUUUGUUACUGUUGGUUGGUCAGUCCGAUGGAUCUUUAGUUGUAUUAUGUACUAAAGAAGGAGUCGUAAUGAGCACAGCUCCAAAGUAUUCAACGACCAAAUCUUCAAAUAAUCCUCCAGGAGUUGAUCAGAAACAACAUAUAUCGUCAAUUAGAUCAAAUCCGAUAUUCGGGAGAUUAUACAUUAUCACCUUAGAUGGAACAUUAAAAGUAUGGCAAUUGAUUACACCUUUACCAAUCGGUGUGCAAAUACAAAAACUGGACAUUUUUCAAAGGAAUAAACCAAAUUUACGUGCAUAUUUCACACGUUUUCCAUUUAAAAUUAUUAAUAAUACUGACAUCUAUUGCAUUUAUACAGCUAAGAAUUAUUCAUUUCCCAAAGUAAAGGAAACUGAUAUUAAUUGUGUAACUAAUUCUUGUUGUUACAAUGUAGUCUGUGCUGAAGUGGCCAAUCCAGGUGAUCCCUAUUCUAUGUUCAAUUUCAUAACAUCACGGUAUUUUGACUCAGCUUAUUUAAAUCAUGAGAAUACAGCUUUGGUUAAAGAUAUUUGUAUUGGCUUAACAAAUAUAAGCAUGUUAAACAAACGUUUUGAAAAAUCACCCAUGAUUGAACAAAUAUUUCUAACAGUAACUACUGAUCCUGUUGAACGAGAAAACCUUUAUUUAAAAGUAUGGCAAACAACAUUUGAUUACAAUAUGGGAAAUGAUUAUCAUGUCAGAAACUCUAACAGUUUGAAACGAACAUCUACAAAAGCAUUACAACGUCUACAAAUGUUAGUUGAUAGUGGAGACACUAAUAUCGUCUGUUUAAAAUGUAGUCUACAGUUGAUAAAUACAUUUAGAUUACCAUUUCCAACCGGACCAAGAAUCUCUAAAGCUGUUUGUAGAAUCGUCGGUAUUCAAUUAAAUGGUGAUAUUUUAUUGACAAUCAAUAAUAGUGUAUAUUUACUUCACUAUAAAACAUUGAAUAAGUAUUUUAAAUUAAGAUCUUAUUUAUUAAAUUUAAUGAAUCAAUCUACUGAAAAUAAGAUGAUUCCAGAAAUAUUACAAAACGUAAUAAGAAGAAGAGAAUGGAAUGUAGAUGGAUUGAAGAAAAUGAAUGAUGUAACUUUGUCUUUGAUUUGCAACAUUCGCCAACCAAUUGACUUUUCACUUGAAGAAAAAUUAGCAGCACAAAAUUUGUCAGAGAAAUCACAAAUGUUAACUAAACUCAAAGAAAGAGAUUUAGAUUUAAAGGAUAUAUCACAAAUUAAAUUUUUAAAGACUCUUUCAAAACGCCGUUCCCAUAUGGAUUGUGCUUCAAUGCAAGAAGCUAGACGAAUCGCUUUUAACAAUUACUAUGAAAAAAUAUUAUCUAGACAAUGUUUAAAUUUAACUUCAUACUCGAAAGAACUAUACAAUGAAGAGGAUGAAGACAUCACUUUAUUAAAAGAGAAAUUGAUAACUAUGGAGCAAACUUAUUCACAAUUUCAAACUGAAGCAUCAGCCAAGAAGAAUUUAGGAAAAACAAGCAAAGAAAAACUCGCAAAACACCUCAAAACUGAUAAAAAGCAAAAAUUACCACAAGCAAGUGAAGAUCUUUCUUUUGUAAAACCCCAAGAGACGAUUAAAUUACCGAUAAUUACUAAUAAUAAAGAGUCGGAUUUACUUCUUGAUCAAAGAACAAAUGGAUUUUUUCCAAAAGUUAUUCUACUUGAAAGUGGACGUUCAAAGUAUGGCUGGGCGCCUAAUUCUUUACUUCUUGGCAAAUAUUAUUCAGGAAUAACUCACUCAGGAGUAGAUGAUAAAAGAAAUGCGAAUGAAGUCAACUGGGCUGACGUUGAAGCAAGAUUAGCUAGGUCGGGUAUUAACGGAUUGCAAAGUACACUAACUUCGGACUCGAGUAUAGGUUGGAUAGUGGAGUCAGACAAAGAAUUAACAAUGUUCAGUAAAGAAAUGAGUGACGGGGAUAUAACCGAUGAGAAUACAGAUAAAAAGUUGCUUGCAAGUAGAUUCCGGGAUAUAACCAACCCAAUGAAUACUUUAUUUAGUAUAUCGACGUUACAAAAUGAGAUAAGUACUGAGAUCGAACAAAGUCAAAUGUCUAUAACUGAAAAGUCAACACCAUCGUCAAAAAAACGUGAAGCACUAGCCAAAAGUGAUCUUAAGCAAUCUUAUUUGAAGGAAACAGAUUUAUUGUCUAAUUUAAUUGAAAGACAAGCACCUGGUCGUCCAAAAUAUGAACGAGAAAAUACUAUUUUCUUGACAGAAUUCAGAAAUACAGAUUCUCCAGGGAAAAUCGACAAAUUUGUACUGCCUGAGUUCUUGCAAUCCUUUAGAAAUUCUAGAUGGCUGUCAAUUAUGGGAUUACUAAAUGGUCAAGAACCUGAAGGAUGGUCUGAUUUAAAUGCAGGUUCUAACGUUGACUGCUUUAUUCAUUGGCUGUUUUGGACAAAUAUUAUACCAAAACUAUGCUUACAAGCAACUUCACCAUCUACAGAGGAUGAAGAUCCGUAUCUUUGUCAGACUAUUUCCCAAUUUUGUACAGAUUUUAAAACACUUUACACAGAUCAUCAGUUAUCUGACAAGUACAUUCCCGAAUUACAUCAUUGCCUGACAGGAUGCGUAAUAAAUGAAUUAGGAAAAACAGUAGAAUUCAAAGAAUGGAAAAUGUUGGAAGCAGUGAGCACACUUUUGAUUACACUUGGUUUCCACGAUAUUGAUACAGUGGUUAUCUUACUAGUUUUGUAUGUGAAAGUUCUACUAAACACCGAGAAAAACGAUCCACAGGUUCCCGGAGAAAUUAAAAAUGCUAAUUUAACACACUAUAUUCAUCGUUCAUUACAGUCACUUGGAUUUCAAAUUAAAUAUUGCAAUUAUCUUGAAGAAGAGCUAAAAUUGUCGACAAAUUUCCCCCAAAUACACGACGGAAAACAUAUCUGUCCAUUUUACCUAAAGAAUCGAUGCAUAUAUGGCGAUCGAUGUAUUAAUUCACAUUGUUUACCAGAAAACAAGUCGUUCCAGACUUCAAAAUCUAUUCCUUGUAAAUUUUAUCUACAAGGUGAUUGUCACAAUGGAAUCAAAUGUACAUUUUCACACAAUAUAAAUGGUAGUUGUGGUAACAGAUAAAUUUGGUUUAUAUUUCAUGUGCUAUGAUAUUUUCAAUUCUAGUGAGCUUUUAAACUAAUCCAUACCUAAUCAAACUAUGUAUUUCUUUUAGCUGAUGGUUAAUCCUUGAAUGGUAUAAAAACAUCAAAUAAUAAGACUGAAUAUCAUCAGGUGAAAUACUGAAAUAUGAAAGACAACUUUUUCAGUAUGGGGUUAUGAAAAUUGUGGAAUUUUAUUGAUAUCACGAACUAAUCUGAACGAAGUUAGAUUUGUGCACCAAUAGAUUCCGGUUCAGUGGUCUGAAUAAGCUAAGUGUUCGCGCAAAACUAAUAGUCCUGGGUUCGGUCCCCACUGGCAUGGUCGUAGAUGUCUGCUACAUAGGAGUCCCAUACUAGGGCGAAACGGUCAUCCAGUGCAUCCACGUUUCCAAUGGUUGUCUAACAUAUAUCGGCUCGUAAGCUUUUAUUGUUGAAUUUUGUUCGGGUUGAGCCCAUAACGUUCUGUCCAUCUGUUGGUUUAGAUUUCGUUAGCUAGUGUUUCCUAAAACUAAGGGGUUCGUAAUAUAGUGCAAUCACUUAGUCUGUAAGGUUAAAUGUUUCAUUAGCAUUUUUUCACUCUCAAAUGCUGUUUAAGAAAUGCCACGUGACAUAUAGUGUUAGUCAUCAUCGAAGUAUGGCUUGAUGCGCAGCUAUCAGCUUUCCAUUACAUAAUGAUUGUAAAAUAAUAGCUCCACAGUGGAUGUCAGCGAGGUAGCCCUAAUAUAUGGCUGCAUAUCUAUUGAUCGAGACGCAGAUGAGUCCACCCUUAAAUCUUCAGUUUAGUAUUAUUUCCUGUUUUGGCAUUUAAACAAACGUCAGUGAGAUGUAGUUUAGUUUCCUCGUAAUUGUUGUUUCAUCGAUUGGUAAUUGAUUAUACCUCUGAAACCUUGCGUAUUCUUUUAAGUGAUUUUAGUUGAAAUAACAUUGAACUUUUCAUUUAUUCAGCCAAUUCAUCUCAUACCUAUCGCAGAGAUUUGAAGGAAGCCAUUGACUCAAAAUAUUCAAACGGUCAGUCAAAUAAUCUCACCAGAUGCCUAACUAACAUUGAUACUAAUAUUGUCAGUAAAACCAAUAAUAAACCAAUAUCACCUGGUUUAACAGGUUUUUCAUUCCGUCAGACUGAAAAAGUAAUCAAAAUGCAGUCAUCUCGAUAUCGUGAAUGGGGAUAUGAAGCUUCGGAAAUUUAUAGCUCCUAUGACCAGCUGAGUGAAAAAGAGCUAUCUAUAUAUCGUUCAGCUGGAAAUUUUGUUCCUGGUACAAUUCCUUUAUCUUCACCGUCAGAAAAUUUAUGUACAUUUUCUUAAAAAUGAACUGUUUUAUUCUUGUAUCAUGUGUCUAAAAUAAUUCUGUACCAAUUCAUCUACUUCUUGAUUCUAAACUAUGGCCCAAGAUUUUCGUGUACCAGGGCUUCCACAUAAUCUACACAUCCAUAACGUAUUUUCGAAAUCCGAUCUGAAUAAGGAUAAGCUAUAAUUUGAUAACAAAUGAUCGAACAUGGCCUAUUCAAACAAGUUUAGACUACCUGACUGGAGUCCGCAUGAUUGUCGUAGCCAGUAGUUAGAGACUUUAAAUGAGAUGACUCAAAAUCGUUUGUAAUCGCGCAGGUUCAUCCAUUCUUUGUUUUGCUCUAUAUUCUGAGCUUAUAAAUUUCACAUAACCUUUUUAUAUUUUCAUUUCACUAAUGUAUAUUUUUUUGAAUCGUAUCUUCGAUGCCUA